AUGAGUGUCGACAGCUCUGUUGACUUGAAAAUAAUGACUGCUCCUGACACUUUGGUCGACUACGCUCACAGUGUCACACUCAGCGUAAAUGGAACUGAAUCUUUGCCCAGCAAAGGACUAACAUUUGAAUGGAAAUGUAAAGGAAACUGCAAAUGCAGAAACCAAACAAAUGAUGAAACCCAUGUUAUCGAAAAAGAUUGCCUUCCAAAUCCCUUUGAAUUUUUCAAAUACACUGUAACUGUAAGGAGAACAACCUGGUUUAGGAAAAGGGUUGACCUUGCUUCAGCUUCAAAGUGCAUCACUGUUGCUCCAGAAGAAUUCCCAGAUGUGACCAUCAGUUGUGAAAAUUGCUCUUCAAUAAAUGUGAAUGACCACAUAAAGCUACGACUGAGCUGUGUGACAACUUGUCCAGAUGUAGUGUGGUAUAUUGAGGACCCCAAACCUUUGACGGGUGUCCUUAGAAAAUGUUACUCCAAAAAAGGAAGGAGGCCACUUAUUGAGAAGCAGGAAGGCAGCACUGAAUAUAUUGUACACAGCCAACAUCUGAAAGUUUCGAGGGACACAUUGCACAACAUCAGUGUAAUUGCUUAUGGAAAGAGGGAGCCAGGUUUCACCAAGUAUACUCUUCCAAUACCAAGUCCUGUACCAACUGAACAAGCUGCAAACCCAAGAGAGACAACUGAUGCGCCAACAGACCUCAGCCCUCCCUCCUGUAGCAUUUCUCCUACAUCAGGAACUGUUCUUGAUGCUUUUGACAUGACCUGCAAACCAAGCUCUUUCUGCUCUGCAGGCUGUUUUUAUUGCUUCAAAACUGACACAGGCAAGCAUCUGCGCUGCAGUAAUUCAAAUGAGGUGAAAUCUGUCUUCCUGCCUCUUGGAGAUAAGAACAACAAUUACAGUUUGUCUGUUGUGGUGACUGUGAAAAAGGGACAUGAGAAAGCUACCACAACUGUCACUGCUCAGGUGCGGAAAAAUAACUUGAGUACCUCAGUGGAGGCUCUCCAGUCUACAGUGGAGGAUACUGUGACUGAGUUAGAGCAGCAAGGUCUGCUCUCUGGUGAGGCACUCGGACAAAUAUUUACUUCAGUUUCUGACAUGCUGAAUACAGAGGCCAGCCAAGAUCAGAAGGAUGCGAGGACGAAGCUCAGAGAGAAAAUGCUGACCAAAAUGACCACAGUUCUAGGAGACUCCCCAACUAACACAACUCAGGAAGUGCAAGUGACAGCCAGAGCUGUGGCUGGACUCACCCUGCUCUCAGAUGAGCUCAGUCCCGCUGCUCAAGAAGAAGCGGGUUCGUUGUUGGUAGGGCUCAGCUCCUCCCUCAAAGCUAUCAGUGCUGAUCAGGAUGGCGGGGAUGAUGAAGUUGUGCAAGCAGCUACACCAAUUGUUGAAGCAGCCAGUAAUAUUUUGAAUGUUUCAUCAAAUAAAAACGUCUCAGAUUUUCUUCUGACUGGGAUAAACAAUGUUCAAAGUGCUUUGCUGAAUAAUAAAAAAAUGAAUGGAGACCCUGCCAUUAUUGAUUCUGGUCAGAUCAGUGUGUAUGUUAACAGAGUGUCUCCAGAAACUAUGCAGAUGCAAGAUAUAAAUGUCCAGAAGAACAGCUCGUCCAGAUUUUCCUUUCCUAGGUUGCCUGAAGAUGUUGUUUCUCCAGAGGAGCCAGUGGAUGUGAGGAUGAUGAGCUUUGAGAAAAAUCCAUAUGCUUGGAAGGAGGAAAACAUCACAGGAACUGUAGGAUCCGUGUCUCUCACCAGAGUGAACGGCACUGUCAUUCCUGUUGAGAAUUUACCUGAUGAGAUAGAGAUUUUCCUACCAAGGCUUGACGUUGGGCAGGAGAACAGCACAGUCCUUGACCUUGCCAAUUUCAGCACAUUAAUUAUUGACGUCCCCUCACCGGACGUAACACUGGUGCUGAAAAUGGAGCCAUCUGAAGACAUAUCCUUCAUGCUAUUCCUGGGAUGUAAAGAUUAUCCAAACGAUGAGAAUUAUGUAGCCAAGACUCAGAUGCCUCAAGAGAGUUCCAAAGAAGAGGAAAAAUAUACCUGGGUGCUGAGUCCUAAAGACAGAACAGGAGAUGUUGGCGUGCACUACCUUGUUAUGAAGCCCAUUGUAGAGCCAGGCGUCAAAUCCAUCAAUGCCACUGUCACUGUCAUUUCCAUCGCUGCCCAGUGCAAAUACUGGAAUGAAACUGAAUCUUUUUGGAGUGAAGAUGGCUGCAGGGUUGGUCCACUUACCACACCUUUGGUCACCCAGUGCCUUUGUAACCACUUGACUUUCUUUGGCAGCUCUUUUUUUGUAAUGCCAAACUUGGUAGAUGUGUCACGCACUGCAGAACUUUUUGCGACAUUCACUAACAAUCCUGUGGUGGUAUGUUUUGUGGGGGCCAUCUUUUCUGUUUAUAUGUUAGUGGCUGUAUGGGCACGCAGGAAAGACAUCCAGGACACAGCAAAGGUCAAGAUAACAGUGCUUGAGGACAAUGACCCCUUGGCUGAGUAUCGUUAUAUGCUGAAUAUCAGCACUGGGCAUCGGCAUGGUGCGUCCACCUCCUCUCAGGUGACAGUAACUCUGCUGGGUACAGAGGGAGAAAGCGACCCCCACCACCUGACAGACCCUGAGAAACCUGUGUUUGAGAGGGGUGGUGUGGACAUGUUCCUGCUGACCACACACUUUUCUCUUGGAGAUCUACAGAGCAUCAGACUGUGGCAUGACAAUUCAGGAGAGCACCCUGCAUGGUAUGUCAACAAAGUGAUGGUGCAGGAUCUGGAAACUGGUCAGAAAUGGCACUUCCUGUGUAACUCCUGGCUGGCUGUAGAUGUGGGAGAAUGCACUCUUGAUAAGGUCUUCCCAGUAGCCACAGAAAUGGAUUUGAAGAGGUUUAGUAACUUGUUCUUCAUGAAGACAGCCAAGGAUUUCCGUGACGGCCAUAUCUGGUUCUCUGUCAUUAGUCGGCCUCCCUGCAGCACAUUCACUCGUGUGCAGCGAGUGUCCUGCUGUUUUUCUCUUCUGCUGUGCACUAUGCUGACCAGCAUUAUGUUUUGGGGCAUCCCAACAGACCCCUCUGAGCAGACCAUGGACCUGGGCCACAUCGAGUUGACCUGGCAACAGGUUAUGAUCGGAGUUCAAAGUUCAAUCAUUAUGUUUCCCAUCAACCUCCUUAUUGUGAGUAUCUUCAGAAACACUCGUCCUCGAGAGAAAACCAGCAAAACUGACACUUCUAAACAGGGGAAGACUGGUCGAGUUUCUCCCUCACAGACUUCUUCCCCUCAGAAGGAACUGAAGGACAUCACAGCAGAAACUGUGAUUAAGGACAUAAAGAGAAUUGCUCAGUCGCUCUCAAAGGCCAUGAAAAGUCCACUGCCCCAUCGGGAGCUCCACCCUGGUCAGCCGGCAGACAUCAACACUCUGCUGUCUCUGGUGGAGGACAUCAUCAGACAGCAGAACCGAGCGGCUGGAGACUUUUACACCGAUGCCUCCAAAGGGGAUUGCUCUAUGAUCCUCAGUUUAGGCUCAGUCAGUCUACAAGAAAACAGUGUGUGGGAGAGCCCUGAGAAGACUUCAGGUGAAGUUCAGAAGAAGAGCAACAACAGCCGAUACCUGUACAGGCAGCUGCGUCAUGUUGAGAGGGAGCUGGGUCUGUUAGGCCCUUCCCGUUUCCCAUCCCCAGACAGCUACAACAGAGCCAUGCAGCAAGUUCAAGGAAUGAAGGGUCUUCUGGAGUACCACCUCCCCUCUUCCAGCCUGGACGGAGACCAGCUCAACCGCAGUCUCAGUCCAGAAGAGAGCAUCAACAAUGGCCACUCCACCAAGAGGUGCUGUCAAGGAGGGCUGCCAUGGUGGUUUGUCUUUGUUGGAUGGAUACUGGUGAUUGCAACCAGCGGUGUGUCAGGAUACUUCACCAUGAUGUAUGGGCUGACGUAUGGGAAAGACCGCUCUAUAAGCUGGCUCAUCUCCAUGGUGGUCUCUUUCUUUGAGAGUCUCUUUAUUACUCAACCUCUGAAGGUUCUUGGUUUUGCAGCUUUCUUUGCUCUCGUUCUGAAGAAGGUUGACCAGGAGGAGUACGGAGAGCCUCAGAUAGAUGAGAGUCUCCGAAACCCAGAUGAUCCUGAUGCAGUGCGGGCAGCGAGAAGAGACAGCACGUGCAGUUUCUAUCAGCCACCACCUCCUGCCGACAUCGAGAGGAUGAGGAACAACAUGAUAAAAGAACAGAAAGUCUUUGCACUCAUGGGGGAAAUUCUUACCUACAUGGGAUUUAUGUGGAUGUUGCUCCUGGUGGCGUAUGGUCAGAGGGACCCUAACGCUUACUUUCUGACACAACACAUUCGGCAGAGCUUCAGCAAAGGGAUCUCAGACAGUAUGACCAUUCAGGAUGUGUUCAACUGGGCAAACACAACUCUGGUGAGCAACCUGUUUGGAGAGCACCCAGGAUUUAUCACAGACGGAAACUCAAAGCUGGUGGGUAACGCUCGUCUCCGCCAGGUGAGGGUGAAGAAAAACUCCUGUCACAUUGCUCGCUCGAUGCAGCAGUCUGUGCUGGACUGUCACGCUCCGUACUCGUGGGAGUUGGAGGACAUGGACUCCUACGGUCCAGGCUGGAGCCGCUCUGUGGGGGGUAACACCUCAGUGAAUCCUCACGGUCCGUGGACGUACCAGUCCCAGGGUAAGCUGAGGGCCUCCCCCAUCUGGGGCAGUGUGAUACUCUACAGAGGAGGAGGGUAUGUGGUGGAUUUGGGGCCGGAUUUACCAAAUUCCAGCAGAACCCUUCAGUACCUUUAUGACAGCACCUGGUUUGAUGUGCACACCCAAGCGAUCUUUGUUGAGUUCACCGUGUACAAUGCCAAUGUCAACCUCUUUUGCAUUGUCACACUCAUGAUGGAGACCACAGCCAUAGGAGCUUUCCAAUUCCGCAGUGAGCUUCAGAGUGUGCGUCUCUACCAGGCGACCGGUGGCCUUCACAUCUUUGUCAUGGCUUCUGAAGCAAUCUACUUCCUCUUUAUCAUUUACUACAUGGUCAUUCAGGGAAAGCUGAUGAAGCAGCAGAAAUGGGCUUAUUUCAAGAGUAAGUGGAACUUACUUGAGCUGGCAAUCAUCAUUCUCAGCUGGAGUGCGCUGUCUGUCUUCAUUAAGAGGACUUUACUGGGGAAGCGGGACAUGGACUAUUACCAGAACAACAAAAACCAAUACGCCAGUUUCCAUGAGACAGCCAGGGCCGAUGCAGUGCUGGGGUAUCUGAUUGCCUUCUUAGUACUGUUGGCUACGGUCAAACUGUGGCACCUGCUGAGACUGAACCCCAAGCUGCACAUGAUCACAUCCACACUGCAGCGAGCCUGGACUGAUAUUUCAGGCUUCCUGGUGGUCAUGACCAUCAUGUUCCUGGCCUACUCCAUUGCUUCUAACUUGAUGUAUGGAUGGAAGUUAUACUCCUAUCGGACUCUGCUAGAUGCUGCCCAGACCAUGGUCAGCCUACAGCUCGGCAUUUUUAACUAUGAAGAGGUUCUGAAUUAUAAUCCGGUGCUUGGUGCUUUCCUCAUCGGCUCCUGCAUUGUAUUCAUGACCUUUGUGGUGUUGAACCUCUUCAUCUCUGUCAUCCUGGUGGCAUUCAGUCAAGAGCAGAUACAUCACAAGCCAUCAGAGGAGGAUGAGAUUGUGGACCUGAUGCUCAUGAAACUCUGCAGUUUGUUUGGACUCAAAUGUACGAAACCAGAGGGAGACAGCCUGGCUGACAGGCCAGCUGUUCCAUCUACUUCAACAACAUCAACAAUUUCUUCUGGGGAUAUUCAUGAGGGCUGA